AUGGCCACUCGUGGCCUGGAGAGGUUCUGGGUCGACACACUUGUCGACAGCAUGGGGUGUUUUGGCCCAGCCCUCCCGGCAGCAUGGCACAAUGCUUCUUGCCAUGCCUUCUUCUCACCGACUCGGCAGGCCUUUGAACUGCCGCGUCCCGUGUACACAGCACAGGGCGCCAAAAAGCCUUGCUCCGCCAGUGCCGAAGAGAACCGAAACGAGCGUCCGCAACGAGCCGUUGGGCCAGAGAAGAUGAUUCAGUGGCUGUUGGAGCGGCUCUUUGGUGCAAAUCUUUUCCAGAAGAAAUCACGUUUGGUGGUUUCACCUGGCUUCCAGAGGCUGUGCCCAGAAAACCGCACAGCCCUGGUUUUUUUCAGGCAAAGCCUGAAAGAUGAUCAACUCUGA